UUGAAAAUUAGAGCGGCGGGAAGGACGGACCAAAAUGGCUUUAAAGAGUAGGGGGUUUAAGCAGACUGAAGGUUUAGAUAUACGAAAGGUUUAAGGCUCUCUAUUUUCAUCUGCUGGAGGCUUUCACAGCAGAGCCGGCAAAAUGUCGAUGUCCAGGAGUUCAAAAAUGCUUCAGUUCAUAAACUACAGAAUGCGGGUGACGAUCCAAGACGGCCGUCAACUGGUGGGCAAAUUCAUGGCCUUCGACCGCCACAUGAAUCUUGUCCUCGGAGACUGUGAGGAGUUCAGGAAGCUCCCGCCCAAGAAAGGUGCAGAGAUUAAGGAAGAAAGGGAGGAGAGGCGAACGCUGGGCCUCAUUCUCCUGCGCGGCGAGGAGGUGGUAUCAAUGACCGUCGAGGGCCCUCCUCCGCCCGAUGAGUCGCGAGCCAAGCCAGCGGGGGGAGCUCCGGCUGGUCCGGGCAUAGGACGGGCCGCAGGGCGGGGAAUCCCCACAGCGCCAUUAGUUCAAGCUCAGCCAGGACUUUCAGGGCCAGUGCGCGGUGUGGGAGGGCCGGCUCCCGGUAUGAUGCAGCCACAGAUCUCAAGGCCGCCUAUGCCCCAGGUCUCUGCUCCGCCAAUGACCUACCCGACCGGGCAGAUGCGUCCGCCACCGCCCUUUUCCUCGCAGCCAGGAGGGCCUCCUCCCAUGAUGCGUCCUCCUCCAGGUGGCCCUCCUCCGCAGUAUGGAGGCCCUCUCCGCCCCGGCGGUCCCCCAUCCAUGAUGCCACCACCACAGUUUGGUCAGCGGCCUAUGGGCCCUCCGCCUCAGAUGAUGAGAGGACCUCCUCCGCCAAUGGGCAGUGGCCCUCCCAGGCCUGGAAUGCCUCCGCCUCCUGGAGCUGCUCCUCCCAGGCCCGGCAUGCCGCCUCCACCUGGUGCUCCACCCAUGUAUGGCGGACCUAUGCCUCCUCGCCCUGGAAUGCCGCCUCCUCCUCCUCCUGGUCAGCAACAACAGCAACCUCCUGGUCAAUAGUAGCAGCAUCUGCUUUGUUAGAGUAUUUUCUUAAUUGCUCAUAGCCCCUUUUGAUUGUUGACCACUCAAUUUUUCUUGAUCUUUGCGCUGCUUGAUGAUAACUUAGAGUGACAGUUUACUGAAAAUUGAGAAGCCGCCUACUAGUUUGGAUAAUUGCUGGUAGAGUUUUUGCAGUUGAUACCUUUUUAAUCCAGCUAGGUGAAUGGUUAGGUCAAGGUUGAUUUAUGCUUUUUUCUCACUAAGCUUAUGUUUUUCCUUAUGAACAUGUGCAAUAUUCCAAGUUACGUUUUUCUGGACACUCUUAAUGUAAAUUUAUGGGAUUUCUACAGGUAAGAAAGUUGCCAUAUAUGUGGAAUCAAUUGUGUUUUUAUUAUCUUUUAUUUUUCA